UGGUUCAUUCAAGGAUCUAGGGCUUUUCCAACUCCGGAAAGAAGAGAGUUCUUUCAAGAAGAUCAGGAACAACUGAUUUAGAUCCAACUCUGUGCUUCCAAGUCCCCAUCUCUGCCUGAGAGUGAGACACCGUAGGAUCCUAGAACCUGAGAAACAUCCAGCCAAACCCACCUCCACCAUGGGGGCCGUGACUCGGUUCUUGGCAGGGAUCUGUUUAGCUUUGCUCACCAUCACAGCUGAAGGAGGAGUCCUCAAGAAAGUCAUUCGGCAUAAGCGACAGAGUGGGGUGAACAUCACUCUGCCGGAGGAAAACCAGCCAGUGGUGUUUAAUCACAUCUACAACAUCAAGCUGCCUGUAGGUGCCCAGUGCUCUGUGGAUCUAGAAUCAGCCAGUGGGGAGAAAGAGCUGGCCCCACCAUCAGAGCCCAGGGAAAGCUUCCAGGAACACACGCUGGACAGGGAAAACCAGAUCGUCUUCACACACCGCAUCAACAUCCCCCGCCGGGCCUGUGGGUGUGCUGCUGCUCCUGAUGUCAAGGAGCUUCUGAACAGACUGGAGGAGCUGGAGAACCUGGUGUCUUCCCUGCGGGAACAGUGCACCAUGGGAAUAGGUUGCUGUCCCCAGCCUGCUGAAGGCCGCCUGGACACCAGGCCCUUCUGCAGCGGCCAUGGGAACUUCAGCACGGAAGGAUGUGGCUGUGUUUGUGAACCUGGCUGGAAAGGCCCCAACUGCUCUGAGCCCGAAUGUCCAGGCAACUGCCACCUGCAAGGCCAGUGUCUCGAAGGGCAGUGCAUCUGCGAUGAGGGCUUCACUGGGGAGGACUGCAGCCAGCUGGCCUGCCCCAGCGACUGUAAUGACCAGGGCAAGUGCAUGAAUGGGAUCUGCAUCUGUUUCGAAGGCUAUACCGGGGCUGACUGCAGCCAGGAGGUCUGCCCAGUGCCCUGCAGCAAGGAGCACGGCAGAUGUGUGGACGGCCAGUGUGUGUGCCAGGACGGCUUUGCUGGCGACGACUGCAAUGAGCCCUUGUGCCUCAACAACUGCUACAACCGUGGGCGCUGCGUGGAGAACGAGUGUGUAUGUGAUGAGGGCUUCACCGGUGAAGACUGCAGUGAGCUCAUCUGCCCCAACGACUGUUUUGACCGGGGCCGCUGCAUCAACGGCACCUGCUAUUGUGAAGAAGGCUUCACAGGAGAGGACUGUGGCCAGCUCACCUGCCCGAACGCCUGCCACGGCCAGGGCCGGUGCGAGGCAGGGCAGUGCGUGUGCCAUGAGGGCUUCGCUGGCGCGGACUGCAGCGAGAAAAGGUGUCCCGCCGACUGUCACAACCACGGCCGCUGCCUCGACGGGCAGUGUGAGUGUGAUGAUGGCUUCACGGGAGCCGACUGCAGCGAGCUCAAAUGUCCCAACGGCUGUAGCGGCCACGGCCACUGCGUCAACGGGCAGUGCGUGUGUGACGCGGGCUACACUGGGGAGGACUGUAGCCAGCUGCGGUGCCCCAGUGACUGUAACAGCCGGGGCCGCUGCAUCAAGGGGAAGUGCGUUUGCGAACAAGGCUUCCAGGGCUACGACUGCAGUGAAAUGAGCUGUCCCAACGACUGUCACCAGCACGGCCGCUGCGUGAACGGCAUGUGUGUCUGUGAUGACGGCUAUAUGGGCGAAGACUGCCGGGAUCUGCGGUGCCCCAAGGACUGCAGCCACCGGGGCCGCUGUGUGGACGGGCGGUGUGUCUGUGAGGACGGCUUUGCCGGCCGAGACUGUGCAGAACUCUCCUGUCCCAGUGACUGCCAUGGCCAGGGCCGCUGCAUGAAUGGGCAGUGUGUGUGCCACGAAGGCUUCAUGGGCAAAGACUGCAAGGAGCGAAGGUGUCCCAGUGACUGUAAUGGCCGAGGCCAAUGUGUGGACGGCCAGUGCGUCUGUCAUGAGGGCUUCACGGGCCUGGACUGUGGUCAGCGCUCCUGCCCCAAUGACUGCAGUAACUUGGGACAGUGCGUGGCAGGCCACUGCAUCUGCAAUGAGGGGUACACUGGAGAAGACUGCUCAGAGGUGUCGCCUCCCAAAGACCUCAUCGUGACAGAAGUGACAGAAGAGACUGUAAACCUGGCCUGGGAGAAUGAGAUGCGGGUCACAGAGUACCUUGUUGUGUACACACCAACCCAUGAGGGUGGCCUGGAAAUGCAGUUCCGGGUCCCUGGGGACCAGACGUCCGCCACGAUCCGGGAGCUGGAGCCUGGCGUGGAGUACUUUAUCCGAGUGUUCGCCAUCUUGGAGAACAAGAAGAGCAUUCCCGUCAGCGCAAGGGUGGCCACUUACCUGCCUGCACCCGAAGGCCUCAAAUUCAAAUCCAUCAAGGAGACAUCUGUGGAAGUGGAAUGGGAUCCCCUGGACAUUGCUUUUGAAACAUGGGAGAUCAUCUUCCGGAAUAUGAAUAAAGAAGAUGAGGAAGAGAUCACCAAAAGCUUGAGGAGGCCCGAGACCACGUACCGGCAAACUGGCCUGGCUCCAGGACAAGAAUAUGAGAUAUCUCUGCACAUCGUGAAAAACAAUACUCGGGGCCCAGGACUGAAGAGAGUGACAACCACCCGCUUGGACGCUCCCAGCCAGAUGGAGGUGAAAGACGUCACGGACACCACGGCGCUGGUCACCUGGUUCAAGCCCCUGGCUGAGAUCGACGGCAUCGAGCUCUCCUACGGGAUCAAAGACGUCCCGGGUGACCGCACCACGAUCGAUCUCACAGCCGAUGAGAACCAGUACUCCAUCGGGAACCUGAAGCCCGACACCGAGUACGAGGUGUCCCUCAUCUCCCGCAGGGUUGACAUGUCCAGCAACCCUGCCAAAGAGACCUUCACAACAGGGCUGGAUGCUCCCAGAAACCUCCGCCGCGUCUCCCAGACAGACAGUAGCAUCACCCUGGAAUGGAGGAAUGGCAAGGCGGCCAUCGACAGCUACAGAAUCAAGUACGCACCCAUCUCCGGAGGCGACCACGCAGAGGUUGAAGUUCCAAGGAGCCAACAAGCCACAACCAAGACCACGCUCACAGGACUGAGGCCAGGAACUGAAUAUGGGAUUGGCGUGUCUGCCGUGAAGGGGGACACAGAAAGCAAUCCGGCCACCAUCAAUGCAGCCACAGAGAUGGACGCACCCAAGGACCUUCGGGUUUCUGAGACAACGGAGACCACCCUAACCCUGUUCUGGAAGUCACCGUUAGCCAAGUUUGACCAUUACCGCCUCAACUACAGCAUUCCCUCGGGCCAGCCAGUGGAGGUGCAGCUUCCCAGAGACACCACCUCCUAUGUCCUGAGUGGCCUGGAACCUGGGAAGGAAUAUGCCAUCCUCCUGAGAGCAGAGAAGGGCAGGCACAGGAGCAAGCCGGCGCGGGUAAAGGCAUCCACAGACCACACCCCUGAACUGGAAAACCUCACCGUGACCAAGGUUGGCUGGGAUGGCCUCAAACUCAACUGGACCGCACCUGACCAGGCCUAUGAGCACUUUGUCAUUCAGGUGCAGGAGGCCAACAAGGCGGAGGCAGCUCAGAACCUCACGGUGCCCGGCAGCCUGCGGGCUGUGGACAUCCCGGGCCUCCAGGCCGGCACCCCUUAUAGAGUUACCAUCUACGGGGUGAUCCGGGGCCAGAGAACGCCAGUGCUCUCUGCUGAGGCCUCCACAGGGGAAAUUCCUAGUUUGGGAGAGGUCACCGUGUCCGAGGUGGGCUGGAACACCCUCAAGCUCAACUGGAGUGCUCCGGAAGGAGCCUAUGAGCAGUUUUUCAUUCAGGUGCAGGAGACUGGCUCAGUAGAGGCAGCCCAGAACCUCACAGUCCCGGGAGGACUGAGGUCCGUGGACCUUCCUGGGCUCAAAGCAGCCACUCCUUAUACCAUCACCAUCCGCGGGGUCACUCAGGACUUCAGCACAACCCCUCUCUCUGUUGAAGUCUUGACAGAAGAGGUUCCAGACCUGGGAAACCUUACAGUGACCGAGGUUAGCUGGGAUGCGCUCAGGCUGCACUGGACCACCCCAGAUGGGAUCUAUGAGCAGUUUGUCAUUGAGGUCCAGGAGGCCAGCCAGGCCAAAGAAGUUCACAGUCUCACCGUUCCCGGUAGCCUGCACUCCGUGGAAAUCCCAGGCCUGAGGGCUGGCACCCCUUACACAAUCACCCUGCACGGCGAGGUUGGGGGCCGCAGCUCUCGACCCCUUGCUGCGGAGGUCACCACAGAGGAGCUCCCUGAGCUGGGAGACUUAGCCGUGACCGAGGUUGGCUGGGAUGGCCUCAAACUCAACUGGACCGCACCUGACCAGGCCUAUGAGCACUUUGUCAUUCAGGUGCAGGAGGCCAACAAGGUGGAGGCAGCUCAGAACCUCACGGUGCCCGGCAGCCUGCGGGCUGUGGACAUCCCGGGCCUCCAGGCCGGCACCCCUUAUAGAGUUACCAUCUACGGGGUGAUCCGGGGCCAGAGAACGCCAGUGCUCUCUGCUGAGGCCUCCACAGCCAGAGAACCUGAAAUCGGAAACUUAAAUGUUUCCAACAUAACCCCUGGGAGCUUCAAUCUCUCCUGGACAGCUACCGAUGGAGCCUUCGAGACCUUUACCAUUGAAAUUAUUGAUUCCAAUAGGUUACUGGAGACGAUGCAAUACAAAAUCCCUGGUGCUGAACGAACUGCCCACAUCACAGGGCUGCGCCCCAGUAAUGAUUUUAUUGUCUACCUCUCUGGACUUGCUCCCAGCAUCCGGACCAAAACCAUCAAUAUCACAGCUACCACAGAGGCUCUGCCCCUUCUGGAAAACCUAACCAUUUCCGACAUUAGUCCCUACGGGUUCACAGUUUCCUGGAUGGCAUCGGAGAAUGCCUUUGACAGCUUCCUAGUAACGGUGGUGGAUUCAGGGAGGCUGCUGGAUCCCCAGGAAUUCACACUUUCAGGAACCCAGAGGAAGCUGGAGCUCAGAGGCCUCAUAACCGGCAUUGGCUAUGAGGUUAUGGUCUCUGGCUUUACCCAAGGGCACCAAACGAAGCCCUUGAGGGCUGAGAUUGUUACAGAAGCCGAGCCAGAGGUUGACAACCUUCUGGUUUCAGAUGCCACCCCAGACGGUUUCCGUCUGUCCUGGACUGCUGAUGAAGGGGUCUUCGACAGUUUUGUUCUCAAAAUCAGAGAUACCAAAAAGCAGUCUGAGCCACUGGAAAUAACCCUCCCUGCCCCCGAACGUACCAGAGACAUAACAGGUCUCAGAGAGGCCACCGAAUAUGAAAUCGAACUCUAUGGAAUAAGCAGUGGAAGGCGCUCCCAGCCAGUCAGUGCCCUAGCCACAACAGCCAUGGGCUCCCCGAAGGAAGUGGUCUUCUCAGACAUCACGGAAAACUCGGCUACUGUCAGCUGGAUGGCACCCACUACCCAGGUGGAGAGCUUUCGGGUCACCUAUGUGCCCAUUGCCGGAGGUACACCUCAAGUGGUCACUGUGGACGGCGCCAAGACUCAGGCCAGGCUGGUGAAACUCUUGCCCGGAGCCGAGUACCUCGUCAGCGUCACCGCCGCCAAGGGCUUCGAGGAAAGCGAACCCGUCUCGGGAACCUUCACCACAGCUCUGGACAGCCCCUCUGGGCUGGUGACAGCCAACAUCACCGACUCAGAAGCCUUGGCCAUGUGGCAGCCGGCCAUUGCCCCUGUGGACAGUUACGUCAUCUCCUACACAGGGGAGAAAGUGCCAGAAAUUACACGAACCGUGUCCGGGAACACGGUGGAGUACGUGCUGACCAACCUCGAGCCGGCCACGGAGUACACGCUGAGGAUCUUUGCAGAAAAAGGGCCCCAGAAAAGCUCGACCAUCAGUACCAAGUUCACAACAGACCUUGAUUCUCCAAGAGACUUGACUGCUACUGAGGUUCAGUCGGAAACUGCCCUCCUCACCUGGCGACCCCCGCGGGCACCUGUCACCGGUUACCUAUUGGUGUAUGAAUCUGUGGAUGGUACAGUCAAGGAAGUUAUUGUGGGUCCAGAGACCACCUCCUACAGCCUGGCGGAGCUGAGCCCAUCCACUCACUACACAGCAAAGAUCCAGGCACUGAACGGGCCCCUGAGGAGCAAGCUGGUCCAGACCAUCUUCACCACAACUGGACUCCUGUACCCACUCCCCAGGGACUGCUCCCAAGCAAUGCUGAACGGAGACACGACCUCCGGCCUCUACACCAUUUAUCUAGACGGCGAUAAGGCCCAGCCUCUGGAAGUCUUCUGUGACAUGACCUCUGACGGGGGCGGAUGGAUCGUGUUCCUGAGACGCAAAAAUGGGCAUGAGGAUUUCUAUCGAAACUGGAAGGCCUAUGCUGCUGGGUUUGGAGACCGCAGAGAAGAAUUCUGGCUCGGGCUGGACAACCUGAACAAAAUCACGUCCCAAGGGCAGUACGAGCUCCGCGUGGACCUGCGGGACCACGGGAAGACAGCCUACGCCGUCUACGACAAGUUCAGUGUGGGGGACGCCAAGACUCGCUACAAGCUGAAGGUCGAGGGAUACAGCGGCACAGCAGGUGACUCGAUGGCCUAUCACAAUGGCCGAUCCUUCUCCACCUUCGACAAGGACACGGACUCAGCCAUCACCAACUGUGCUCUGUCCUAUAAGGGCGCCUUCUGGUAUAAGAACUGUCACCGUGUGAACCUGAUGGGCAGAUACGGAGACAAUAACCACAGUCAGGGUGUUAACUGGUUCCACUGGAAGGGCCACGAACAUUCAAUCCAGUUUGCUGAGAUGAAGAUGAGACCCAGCAACUUCCGAAAUCUCGAAGGCAGGCGCAAACGGGCGUAAAAUUCAGGGACAACUGGGUGAGAGAAGUGUAGGGCCCAGAGGAAGACAAGAAUUUUACCAAAGUAUCAAUACAACCCAUCCAACCGUCAUCAAACCACACCUGGGCACUUGGCAGGAGCUAACGUUGACCAUGGAGCAUCGGGGCCAAUGGCGGGAGCUCUGGCCUCCGCACUCCGCGAUUCCUUCCUUCGCACCAAAGACAACAGUCUCCAACAGGUUUCUGUUUUGUUGUUCAAAAUCAGCAAAACUCUUCUAGGGACAACAGCACAAUGGUUUCCCUUCUCUCGGGUGGCUCUGGGAAUGGAAGAGGGGUGGGCUGUACAGUGGUAGUUUGUUUUAGGACCAGCUGUAUUUUACACAAAGCUGUAUAAUUAAUUAUCACUAUUUUUGUUAGCAGUGAUUCAAUGUGUGUCAUUGGGAGCCAUGCCAGUUUUUUACAUUUCAUACUACAGACCCCAGAAAAGCAAUGCCGUUUCCAUUUU